CGUAUCUUGUCAGUGAGAUGGCUCCGAGGCCCAGAGGGCGCUGGCAGCUGCAGUGAGCCAACCCCGCGGCAGGCACCUGCCCAACACCUGGGCUGCCGGACUAGGGAUGCGGCGCUGACAGGUGGGCUUGCCCCGCGCAGCUGCCCUCCAUGGUGUCCUUCUGGAACCUUCAGCCUCGCGAGCGGGAGGACAGGCCGUCCUGAGGGAGGCAGGAGGCCGUGGAAGCUGGAGUGGGAGCAGCCCCCGACCCCAAGGAAAGCCGGCUCCAGGCAGGAGGAGGGCUUUGGGGUGCAGCCCAGGAGGAUGGCUGACCUGGGCAUGGUCUCCAAUCUGCGACGCAGCAACAGCAGCCUCUGCAAGACCAGGAGGUUGCAGCACCUGUUUGGCAACAGUGCAAAGCAAGAAAAUCUGAGCUCGUGGAUCCCUGAGAACAUCACGAAGAAGGAGUGCAUGUACUUCGUGGAGAGCUCCAAACUGUCUGACGCCGGGAAGGUAGUAUGUGAGUGCGGCUACACGCGCCAGCAACACUUGGAGGAGGCUACCAGGCCCCACACUUUGCAGGGCAAGGAUUGGGACCCAAAAAAACAUGUCCAGGAGAUGCCAACAGACGCCUUUGGUGACAUUGUUUUCACGGGCCUGGGCCAGAAGGGAAAGUACGUCCGCCUCUCCCAGGACACACCCUCCAGCGUGAUCUAUCACCUCAUGACCCAGUACUGGGGCCUGGAUGUACCCAACCUGCUCAUCUCCGUGACAGGUGGGGCCAAGGACUUCAACAUGAAGCCCAGGCUGAAGAGCAUCUUCCGAAGGGGCCUGGUCAAGGUGGCCCAGACCACAGGGGCCUGGAUUAUCACCGGCGGGUCCCACACGGGCGUGAUGAAGCAGGUGGGCGAGGCGGUGCGAGACUUCACCCUGAGCAGCAGCUACAACGAAGGCGAGGUCGUCACCGUCGGCAUCGCCACGUGGGGCACCGUGCACAACCGCGAGGGCCUGGUCCACCCCUCGGGCAGCUUUCCUGCUGAGUACAUCAUGGACGAGGAGGGCCAAGGGCACCUGACCUGCCUGGACAGCAACCACUCCCACUUCAUCCUUGUGGACGACGGGACCCACGGCCGCUACGGGGUGGAGAUCCCCCUGAGGACGAAGCUGGAGAAGUUCAUAUCGGAGCAGACGAAGGAAAAAGGAGGUGUGGCCAUCAAGAUCCCCGUGGUCUGUGUGGUGCUGGAAGGGGGACCUGGCACCCUGCACACCAUCUACAACGCCAUCACCAACGGCACCCCCUGUGUGGUCGUGGAGGGCUCGGGCCGCGUGGCGGACGUCAUCGCCCAGGUGGCCGGCCUGCCCACAGGGGAGAUCACCAUCGCCAGGAUCCAGCAGGCGCUCAGCGUGUUCUUCCGCGAGAUGUUUGAGACCCUCCCCGAGAGCAGUGUCGUCGAGUGGACCAAAAAAAUCCAAGACAUCGUGCGGAGGCGGCAGCUGCUGACCGUGUUCCGCGAAGGCAAGGAUGGGCAGCAGGACGUGGACGUGGCCAUCCUGCAGGCCUUGCUGAAAGCCUCUCGGAGCCAUGACUACUUUGGCCACGAGAACUGGGACCACCAGCUGAAGUUAGCGGUGGCGUGGAACCGCGUGGACAUCGCGCGGAGCGAGAUCUUCUCCGACGAGCGGCAGUGGAAGCCCUCAGAGCUGCACCCCGUGAUGAUGGCAGCCCUCAUCUCCAACAAGCCUGAGUUCGUGAAGCUCUUCCUGGAGAACGGGGUGCGGCUGAAGGAGUUCGUCACCUGGGACACCCUGCUCCACCUGUACCAGCACCUGGACCCCUCCUGCCUGUUCCACAGCAAGCUUCAGAAGGUGCUGGCCGAGGAGCCCGAGCGGCCGGCCUGCAGGCCCGCCCCCCGCGUGCAGAUGCACCACGUGGCCCAGGUGCUCCGGGAGCUCCUGGGGGACUUCACGCAGCCGCUGUACCCGCGGCCCCGGACCGGCGAGCGCCCGCGGCUCCUGCUCCCCGUGCCCAACAUCAAGCUCAGCAUGCAGGGAGUGAGUCUCCGGUCCCUCUACAAGCGUUCGUCAGGCCAUGUGGCCUUCACCAUGGACCCGGUUCGUGAUCUUCUCAUUUGGGCCAUCGUCCAGAACCGUCGGGAGCUGGCAGAAAUCAUCUGGGCGCAGAGCCAGGACUGCAUCGUGGCGGCCGUGGCCUGCAGCAAGAUCCUGAAGGAGCUGGCCAAGGAGGAGGAAGACACGGACAGCUUGGAGGAGAUGCUGGCGCUCGCCGACGAGUGUGAGCACAGAGCCAUCGGGGUGUUCACCGAGUGCCACCGGAAGGAUGAGGAGAGAGCUCAGAAGCUGCUCACCCGGGUGUCAGAGGCCUGGGGGCGGACCACCUGCCUGCAGCUGGCCCUGAAGGCCGAAGACAUGAAGUUCGUGUCGCACGGAGGCAUCCAGGCCUUUCUAACGAAGGUGUGGUGGGGCCAGCUGUGCGUGGACAACGGGCUGUGGCGGGUGAUCCUGUGUAUGGUGGCCUUCCCGCUGCUCUAUACCGGCCUCAUCACCUUCAGGGAGAGGAGGCUGCAGGCCACGAGGGGGCUGCUGCGGGUCCGCGCCUUCUUCAAUGCGCCUGUGGUCAUCUUCCACCUCAACAUCCUGUCCUACUUCGCUUUCCUGUGCCUCUUCGCCUACGUGCUCAUGGUGGACUUCCAGCCCACGCCCUCCUGGUGCGAGUACCUCAUCUACUUCUGGCUCUUCUCGCUGGUGUGCGAGGAGCUGCGGCAGCUCCUCUACGACCCCGACGACUUCGGCCUGAUGAAGGUGGCUCUCCUGUACUUCAGCGACUUCUGGAACAAGCUGGAUAUCGGUGCCAUCCUGCUCUUCGCAGCUGGCCUGAGCUGCAGGCUCAUACCAGGGCUGCUGUACCCCGGGCGCGUCAUCCUGUCUCUGGACUUCAUCAUGUUCUGCCUCCGGCUGAUGCACAUCUUUACCGUCAGUAAGACGCUGGGGCCCAAGAUAAUCAUCGUGAAGCGGAUGAUGAAGGACGUCUUCUUUUUCCUCUUCCUGCUGGCUGUGUGGGUGGUGUCCUUCGGGGUGGCCAAGCAGGCCAUCCUCAUCCACAACGAGAGCAGAGUGGACUGGAUCUUCCGGGGGGUCAUCUACCAGUCGUACCUCACUAUCUUCGGGCAGAUGCCGGCUUACAUUGACGGUGUGAACUUCAGCCUGGACCAGUGCAGCCCCAACGGCACAGAUCCCUACAAGCCAAAGUGCCCCGAGAGUGAUGCCAUCCGGCACGAGCCUGCCUUCCCCGAGUGGCUGACGGUCAUCCUGCUCUGCCUCUACUUGCUCUUCACCAACAUCCUGCUGCUGAACCUCCUCAUUGCCAUGUUCAACUACACGUUCCAGCAGGUCCAGGAGCACACAGACCAGAUCUGGAAGUUCCAGCGCCACGACCUGAUAGAGGAGUACCACGGCAGGCCCCCCGCGCCGCCCCCCUUCAUCUUGCUCAGCCACCUGCACCUGUUCAUCAAGAGGGUCGUGCUGAAGAUACCCGCCAAGAGGCACAAGCAGCUCAAGACCAAGCUAGAGAAGAACGAGGAGGCCGCCCUCCUGUCCUGGGAGAUCUACCUCAAAGAGAACUACCUGCAGAACCAGCAGUACCAGCAGAAGCAGAGGCCGGAGCAGCAGAUUCAAGACAUCCGCGAUAAGGUCAGCACCGUGGUGGACCUGCUGGAGAGGGAGAGCCUGAAGCAGUCAGGCCUCGUGGAGCAGAGACUGGCCUCCCUGGAGGAGCAAAUGGCCCAGACGUCCAGAGCAUUGCACUGGAUCGUGAAGGCCCUGAGAGACAGUGGCUUUGGCUCCGAGGAGGGCUUCCCCACCCUGGCACCCCAGAAGGCCUCCCUGGGGCGGGACCGUGAGCCGGACGGCGGACACAAGGCGGAGGACGCAGGCGACACCCACCACGUGAACGCCCGGCACCUCCUCUACCCCAACUCCCACGUCACGCGGUUCCCAGUGCCCAACGAGAAGGUGCCCUGGGAGACGGACUUUCUCAUCUACGACCCGCCCUUUUACACGGACGACAGGAAGGACAAGGGCUUGGUGGACCCCGUGGGAAAUGCCCUGGAACCCCUGGCCGGGAUCACCUACAACGCCGUGGAUGGGCCUAUAGACCGGCGGAGCUUCCACGGGGUCUACGCGGUCCAGGACGGGCUCCCUCUGAACCCCAUGGGCCGCACGGGACUGCGUGGGCGUGGAAGCCUCAGUUGCUUUGGACCCAACCACACGCUGCAGCCUGUGAUCACCCGGUGGAGGCGGAACCAGGACGGAGCCAUCUGCAGGAAGAGCAUAAAGAAAAUGCUGGAGGUGCUGGUGGUGAAGCACCCCGUCUCAGAGUCCUGGGCCUUGCCAGGGGGCUCUCGGGAACCGGGAGAGAUCCUGCCCCGGAAGCUGAAGCAGGUCCUCCGUCGAGAGUUCUGGUCUCCCUUCCAGAACUUGCUGAUACAGGGCACGGAGGUGUACAAGGGGUACGUGGACGACCCCAGGAACACGGACAACGCCUGGAUUGAGACAGUGGCCAUCAGCAUCCACUUCCCAGACCAGAGCGACAUGGAUCUGAAGAGGCUGAACUCUCACCUGCACACCUGUGACCCCGGGAUGUCCGUCCAAUGGCAGGUGGUGGACAAGCGCAUCCCACUGUAUGCCAACCACAAGACCAUCCUCCAGAAGGUGGCCGCUCUGUUCGGGGCUUUCUACUGACCCGUGGGCUCCAGCCGGGCCCCCCCGCCAGGGGCAGGUGAGGCUGGUCGGCCCCCGGCCCCCGUGGAGGCUGCCCGGGACCCAGGCUGACACCAGCUGCCCAAGGGCCCUGCCGCCCUGGACCUCGCCGGGGCCGGGGGCUGCUGCUGGGGUGCCGCGUGGUGUGGUUUGGGGAUCUCCACCUCGAGUCACCGACCAGAUGAGCCUGUGAACUGGACAAUGUCAGGGCGCCCUGAGAGGAGAGCCAAGGCAGGGGACGGGCUGGCUGUGGUUACACGGCCAUUCCUCGGGGUUGACGUGGCCCCUGGGACCCGCCAGCCGUCGUCACCCCUGGCAGCCCCGGCCCGCGGCUAGUGAUUCCCUCCUGGUCACAGCGUGAGCAGCUCGUCCACGACAGGCGUGCACUGGCCUGGGGGCUGCAUCUCCUGGACAGUCGGGGAUCCCCCGUGCUCUUCUCCUCGGGCCCACAGCCCGGAGGUGGUGUCCACCGUGACCUUACGCAGACCUCACCUGUGCUGGGGUGGGAGCCGGGGCUGUCAGGGCUGAGCCCGUUCGGGGGCGGGGGCCACACAAGCACACGUCUUCUCUGGAGACCACAGGGUGUCUGCCUACGUGCCAGCCCGGGGACUGGGCGGGAGCUCCCCAUGCACGGCACUCCCUCCUUCCCUGUGAGCCCAGGGAGGGGCAGGCGGUGGGCAUAGACGGCGGGGGGAGCCACCUGCUCCGUGUCAGUGACUCACAAGCCAUCAGCAUAAACCGCCAGGAGUCAUCAGGGCCGGGAAUGUUGUAAAACCCAACAUUAAAUCUGCUGCUCCCUCCAGC